CACGUAGUGUAAAUCAAUAUGUAAACAUCUUUUCAUAUAGAGUGCUACCUAUAGAACAAAGAGUAACAAAAAAAAAAGAAUUAAGAAGAAUAUACUUAUGAAAAACUGUGCCGGAAUUUUACUUUUUCAAAACUUGGAAAAACAAAGUUUUGUAAAUGUAAAAGCAGCGAGAGUCAUAAACCUGCAUGCAUCCAAUUAUAUUCUCUUGUUAUGAACUUUUCUUCGAAUUUUGUGUUACAUUAGUAUACAAGAAGAAAAAUUAAAAAAAAAAAAGAACUUAUAAAUACAUUCUACAGAAGCUGAAGAGCCCUAGAUAUCUAGUUAAUCAAACACGAAUCAUGGCGCUUUGUAUCAACAACGUGAGGUUCCUUCUUGUUAUUGCUACAAUGCUCGUGAUUGUGAUCGCUUCCGUAGCCGGAGAAGCUUUCCCGGAUGAUUACCAGGUGAAGCAAGAUUCAGCAAAAAGAGCUACGGUUUGGGAAGAUGUUUUUAAGGAUGACUAUGGUGAUUGGAGCCCGACUCCAAUAGUUCGAAGAGGAAAUCCGAAACCUAUUCUUCGAGAUAUUACACGGCCACCACCUUAAUCGAUGGCCUAAGGGAUAUAUAACCAAUUUCGAGAUUAUUGAUUGCUUUGUUAACGAUCAACUCUCGAUUAUUGUUCGGAAUAGUUAAUGGGAUUUCUUGAUACGCUGUGGUGUUUUACGUUUUAAUGGCGAUGUCAUGCAUAUGGACAAAUUGUAUAAUCAACACGAGAGAAAGAUUCAAUUUGUAAUAGUUUGAUGUUAUUUACUUUUCACCUUGUUCAGAAUAGUUAAUCUGUAAAAAAACUUAACAUAACUUUCAUAUGUAUUAUGAACAUGCAAUAUGUUCUUUUAAAAAAAAAAAUGAACAUGUUUUAAUAUAAAGAACUGGAAUAUAUAACAAGAAAAACUAACUUGUAGAACAUAUAUUGAUCUAUUGUAUGCUAAAGCAACAUGCAUGUUAUAAACCAAAAAGUAUCAGUGUGU